CGCGCGAAUCGCGAGCUGCGGUAAGUCGAGGGGAAUCGAUCCGCUUCCUCGUGGUUUCAUCAGCGGCGUUGUGGAGACUCUCGAGGGGACCUUGGCAAGAACUUCGUCUCGACCCAUCGGAGGAGCGGCGACGUUCCGUGCUUGAGCAGAGCAAGUCGGAGACUGCGGAAGACUCGAGAACAGAUGGUGCAGCCGGUGCCCGAGAAGAUCAACUUCGCGGAGGAGGAGGAGCGAAUACUUGCGCUGUGGACGGAGCUGGAUGCGUUCCAGGAGAGCCUCAAGCAGUCCAAGUCACGCCCGCAGUACACGUUCUACGAUGGUCCACCCUUCGCCACCGGCCUGCCGCACUACGGCCACAUCCUGGCGGGCACCAUCAAGGACGUGGUGACGCGCUUUGCACACCAGAGCGGCUUCCACGUGGAUCGCCGCUUCGGCUGGGACUGCCAUGGCUUGCCCGUCGAGUAUGAGAUCGACAAGAUGCUGAACAUCAAGGGCCCCGAGGACGUGGCCAAGAUGGGAAUCGUGGAGUACAACAAUCAGUGCCGGAACAUCGUAAUGCGAUACGCCAAGGAGUGGGAGACGACCGUCAUUCGCCUGGGCCGAUGGAUCGACUUCAAGAACGACUACAAGACGCUUUAUCCAUCCUUCAUGGAGACCGUCUGGUGGGUGUUCCGGCAGCUGUUCGACAAGGGGUUCGUCUACAGCGGGGUGAAGGUGAUGCCCUACUCCACGGCCUGCACCACUCCCCUCUCCAACUUUGAGGCCAACCAGAACUACAAGGAUGUGACCGACCCCGCGGUUAUUGUGAGCUUCCCGCUGCUGGAGGACGAGUCGGUGUCACUCAUCGCGUGGACGACCACACCGUGGACCUUGCCUAGCAACCUCUCCGUGUGCAUCAACCCGGAACUUAUCUACGUCCGGGUCAAAGAUGUCGCGACGGGGAACCUGUACAUCCUGAUGGAGGUGCGGCUGCAUGCGCUGUACAAGCAGGAGGACGAGUACAUCGUGAUCGACAAGUUUAAGGGUAUUACCCUCAAGGACAAGCGGUACCGGCCCCUGUUCGAUUACUUCGUGAAGCGUGCAGAGCCGGGCGCAUUCCGCGUGCUGUGCGACGGCUACGUGACGAGCGAGAGCGGCACAGGGGUCGUCCACCAGGCUCCCUACUUCGGUGUCGACGAUUUCCGCAUAUGCCUGGAUAACCGAGUGGUGUUGAGCGACGCGGUGCCCAUCUGCCCAGUCAACGCCACCGGCUGCUUCACCGCCGAUGUGUCGGACUUCGCCGGGCAGUACGUCAAGGAUGCUGACAAGGCCAUCAUAAAGUUGCUGAAGGAACGGGGGCGACUGGUGCACACCAGCUCCUUCAAGCACAGCUACCCUUUCUGUUGGAGGUCAGACACGCCGCUCAUCUACAAGGCGGUGCCCAGCUGGUUCGUCCGCGUGGAGCACAUGGUGGACAAGCUGGUCGAGUGCAACAGCCAGUGCCUGUGGGUGCCCGAGUUUGUGGGAGACAAGCGAUUUGCCAACUGGCUCAAGGGCGCGCACGACUGGGCCAUCUCCCGAAACCGCUACUGGGGCACGCCCAUCCCGCUGUGGGUCAGCGACGACAGGAAGGAGGUCGUGUGCGUGGGAUCCAUCGAGGAGCUGGAGGCGCUGACGGGCACCAAGAUCUCCGAUCUGCACCGUGAGAGCGUGGACAACCUGACGAUCCCGUCGCGCACGGGCAGGGGCGUGCUGCGCCGCGUGACCGAGGUGUUCGACUGCUGGUUCGAGAGCGGCAGCAUGCCCUACGCCCAGGUGCACUACCCCUUUGAGAACCGCCGGCAGUUCGAGGACUCGUUCCCUGCCGACUUCAUCGCCGAGGGCAUCGACCAGACGCGCGGGUGGUUUUACACGCUGCUCGUGCUCUCCACGGCGCUGUUCGGGAAGCCCCCCUUCAAGAACGUCAUCGUCAAUGGUCUGGUGCUCGCCAGUGACGGGCAGAAGAUGUCCAAGAGGAAGAAGAAUUACCCGGAUCCGGUGGAGGUGGUGAAUCGCUACGGCGCUGAUGCCCUGAGGUUAUACCUGAUCAACUCUCCCGUUGUGAGGGCGGAGAACCUGCGCUUCAAGGAGGAGGGUGUGCGGGAUGUCCUCAAGGACGUCUUCCUGCCCUGGUACAAUGCCUACCGCUUCCUGGUGCAGAACGUGGACCGCCUGCACAGGGAGGAGGGCCUGGCGUUCCUCUACAACGAGCAAACGGCCGAGCCGAGCGACAACAUCAUGGACAAGUGGAUCAUAUCCUUCGCCCAGUCGCUCAUCGCUUUCUUUAAGACCGAGAUGGCCGCGUACCGGCUCUACACCGUGGUGCCACGUCUGGUGAAGUUCGUUGACAUGCUGACCAAUUGGUACGUCCGCACCAACCGCCGGCGCCUCAAGGGUGAGGGUGGCGCUCGCGAUUGCCAGCGAGCCCUGGAGACGCUCUUUAGUGUCCUCUUCUCCAUGUGCCGACUCAUGGCCCCGUUUACGCCGUUCAUCACGGAGUUCAUGUACCAGAACCUGCGGCACCUGCUGGACCCGGCCUCCGCUUGCGAGAAGGACACGCGCAGCAUCCACUACCUCAUGCUGCCUCUCACCAGGGAGACUCUGAUCGAUGAGCGCAUUGAGAAGGCCGUGGCGCGGAUGCAGUCGGUGGUGGAGCUGGGCAGGGUGGUGCGCGACCGCAAAACGCUCCCCGUCAAGUAUCCCCUGCGGGAGGUGGUGGUCAUCCAUCAGGAUCCGCAGGCCUUGGAGGACAUCCAGUUGCUGCAGAAGUACAUCUUGGAGGAGCUGAACGUGCGGGUUCUGACAACGUCCACCGACAAGCAACGCUACGGCGUGAUUCUGCGCGCCGAGCCAGACCACAUGGUGCUGGGCCAGAGGCUCAAGGGGGCCUUCAGGUCCGUCAUGACUGCCAUUCAGAAGCUGGACGACGCUCAGCUGCAGGAGUUCCAGAGCACGGGCAGCAUCGUGGUGGAAGGGCACGAGCUGCGUGGAGAGGACCUGCGGCUCAUGUACAGGUUCGAGCAGGGGGCCGGUGCAAGCUCCCAGUACGAGACCCACUCGGACUCAGAGGUGCUGAUCCUGCUGGACGUGACCCCUGACCAGGUCAUGUUGGACGAGGGCGUUGCCAGAGAGGUCGUCAACCGCAUCCAGAAGCUACGCAAGAAGGCGCACCUGGUGCCGUCAGACGAGAUCUCGGUGUACUACGCGGUUGGGCCGGGCGGGGACUACCUGGCGGGCGUGGUGGAGCGACACCGGGAGUUUGUGUGCACCACCAUCAAGGCUCCACUGCUGCCCUUCCCUGUGCGUGCCGGUGCCGAGCGCAUCAUCGAGGAGAGCAUGCAGCUCAAGGGCUCGGACCUGCAGCUGGCGCUGGUGCGAGGGAGCGACAACGAGGGCCUCCUGUCGGCUCUGUCCAUCGGCCCCGCCUGCGCCUACGUCAACCUGCAGUUUGUGCGGAGCGGCACUCGCGACGUGGGGGUGGCGCUGCUGGAGAACCCUCGUGGAGUCGACCCCCUGGGCUACGCGGGACUGCGGCGCUUGGCGGAGCACCUCACCGGGGUCGGUGGCUGUCGCCUGUUCGGCGGGGGCGCCGAGCUGACGGCAGAGGCGGACCUGCGCAAGCUGAGCGGUGGGACUGUGCUUGUGCUGGCCGAGGGGCAGGCUCCGACGGGGCAGGAGUCACCGGGGGUCGCCAACGAGCCCGCGUGUCCCUACGUCAACGUGCAGCUCCUGAGCAACGACAAUGCAGGGAGUGCGCGCGUGGCCACGCUGCUGCUGCGGAACCCUCUCGGCGCCGACGCCGCGCUCGCCGUGCCGGCGCUCGUCCACCAGGCGGCCGUGCUCUUCUCCCUGCGCGGUCGCACCCUCCGCCUCUUCGUCGACGCCGCACGAACCAGCGAGCUCAAGGACUCGGCUGAUUUGCUGGCGCUCGGAGGCAAGACGCUGUACCUGGCGACCUCGUAAUGGGAGCCAGUGACAUUCCACCCUCCCUGCCCCCACCCCCCCGCCCCGCCCCCCUGUUCUCCGUGUGUUGUGCAGUCGGUUCCACGCCUUAACAAUCGUUUGCGCAAACCAGAUCCGUUGUAUUAUAUGCUCAACUUAAAUCUCCUGCGACCGCUUUGUCCGCGCCUGAGCGAGUAGUUAAGCGACGAAGGGCGUGUCUGGGCGUGGCUGCAGUGUCUGGCCACGCCCCCCCCCACAACACCAGAGCCACGCCCCCUUUCCUGCCAGCUCCUCCCCCGCGAGGAUCUGAAUGAUCGCAAUACAAAAUCUCCUAAAGGAUCGACGCCUGCGAGCAGCGACCGGUUGCAGCGACAUCCACCUGCGGGAGAUUCGCUCGAGCAAUUCUGUCGCGGAUGUUCGGCGGGCAGCGGUCCACCAGCACUGUGAUCCGCGUAGAACCUCGGCGUGGUUGGUUGGUGCCAACAGGCGCUGUAAUGCGAUUUUAAAACGGAUUUCGAGCGAAUCGUCUUUCAUGCAAGAUAUUGGCCAAUGGGGAAAAAAAGGGGGGAGUGUCAAACAAUGUUAUACUAAACGCCCACUCUCUCCCUCGCCUGCUCAUCAGCACCACGAUCGUCAGCCGUUGCUCGACUGCUUUGUGGUUUGCCGGGGGCGCGUGGGGGAAGACCUAGCGAGGGAGUGCGAGCACCGCGUUCACGGCACGCACCGCGCUCCGGCUCUGGGGAGGGGGUUGUGGGCAAUGCGCGAACAGUCCCCUCUCUUCCCCCCCCCCCCCCACCCCCCCCCCCCCCUCCUUGCCGAUGUAUAGACGCAGCGAUUAAACCUCGAUGAAUCGAUACUGUUAACAUGGCUAUUGGAUGGACAGCAGAAUCGAUACAAUGGACACCUCGAUUUGAGUUUCACAAGGAUCAUAUCUGGGCUGCGGUGAUUUUUAUCGGUGGUGUUAGCAAUCCGUCCAACGCAGCGGUGCGGACGGGUCUCAUCAUGGGCAGUCGAUCGGCAGGUCCAAUGUGCAAGCGAGGUUGGGGGGGGGUAAAGCGUCGGGUACUUCCACCUCUGUCAGAGUGGCACAUUGAUCCAAAACACCACCUUCUGGAGCUACCUCUGGUGGAGUCCCCCUUCCGCCAGCAGGAGGCGUGUGUGAGCAGUUGCAGGGCCGUGCCUUUAACUCGUAAUGAUCCCUCCAGCCCACAGAAAGAACAACAACAACAACAAAAACUACUAACGACCUGCGACUGUAAGAACAUACGACGAGGGUGAUGGCGUCGAUUAUAACGACCGCCCCCUCUGAACUAACGACGAGUGACCUUGGCCUGCCUUGCACGAGACCACGAAUGUCAGCGGACCUCCGCACGGUUAAAUAAACGGAAGGUGUCCUUAACGU